AGUACAAAAAAAGUUUUGCGAAUUCAGUAGGAGGAGGAAGUCUGCACAGUAAGCAACAGGCUUUUAAACUUUAAAAGGACAGGUUUAAGUGCCUGUUCUAGUCACUUGCUCACUUCGCUUUUCAAGAACACCCUGGAUCUCAUUUCCUUUAGUUUGGACCAAUAAGGUAGAAUACUAUAAGAAUGGGUGAUUGGAGUGCAUUAGGAAGACUCCUUGACAAGGUGCAGGCCUAUUCCACUGCAGGAGGGAAGGUUUGGUUAUCCGUUCUGUUCAUAUUCCGGAUCCUUCUCUUAGGAACCGCUGUGGAGUCAGCUUGGGGAGAUGAACAGUCAGCAUUCCGCUGCAACACUCAACAACCAGGUUGCGAAAAUGUUUGCUAUGACAAGUCAUUCCCAAUCUCUCAUGUACGUUUCUGGGUUCUUCAAAUUAUAUUUGUCUCUACACCAACUCUACUUUAUUUGGCCCAUGUUUUUUACUUAAUGCGUAAAGAAGAAAAACUGAACAGGAAAGAAGAAGAACUUAAAAUGGUCCAGAAUGACGGAGGCAAUGUUGACAUGCAGAUUAAACAAAUUGAACUUAAGAAGUUCAAAUACGGCCUUGAAGAGCAUGGCAAAGUGAAAAUGCGUGGGGGCCUACUUCGUACCUAUAUCAUCAGCAUUUUAUUCAAAUCAGCAUUCGAAGUGGGCUUCAUUCUUAUUCAAUGGUACAUCUAUGGGUUUAGCUUAAAUGCUGUCUAUACAUGUGAGAGAGAUCCCUGCCCACAUAAGGUCGACUGCUUCCUCUCACGUCCCACUGAGAAAACCAUUUUUAUCUGGUUUAUGUUAGUAGUUUCUGUAGUAUCUUUGGGCUUAAAUAUCAUUGAGCUAUUUUAUGUUACCUUCAAGAGUAUCAAGGAUGGCAUCAAGGGGAAGAAAGACCCUUACGCCCCAACAAGCGACCCCGUGGGCACUGGAAAGGACUGUGGUUCACCCAAAUAUGCCUAUUUUAAUAGUUGUUCCUCCCCAACUGCUCCCAUGUCACCACCAGGAUACAAGCUCGUUACAGGAGAAAGAAACCCUUCUUCGUGCCGUAAUUAUAAUAAGCAAGCAAGUGAACAAAACUGGGCUAACUACAGUGCUGAACAAAACAGAAUGGGCCAGGCUGGAAGCACCAUUUCGAACACUCAUGCACAGCAGUUUGAUUUCCCAGAUGAGCAACAAAAUACCAAGAAAGUUGCACCAGGACAUGAGAUGCAGCCUCUAACUAUAUUAGACCAUAGACCACCAAGCAGAGCAAGCAGCCAUGCAAGCAGCAGGCCCCGGCCUGAUGAUCUAGAGAUUUAGUUUCCCUUCAUAUUUUGAUAAGAAGGCUUAUUUUUUGAAUGGUGGAGGUACUUUAUAAUCUCAAAGAAGAGAUUUAACAAACUUUAAUACUAUUUUCAUGUACUUUUUAUGGUGUGGGAGGUACAUUUUGGUAUUUAAUUAGUUGAUUGCAAAAUUUACAGUACUAAGUGACUCGUAAUACUACACAUUCAUUUUAAUCCAGAAUGUAUUUAUAAAUUGUAUAUAAAGUGAUGUAUGUGGUUUCAACUCACUUAGAGAGUUAAAAUGUCUGACCUGAGUUACUGAAUGAAUGGUUAGUUUCAAGAUAUUUAAAAUAAGCCUUAAAAAAUUCUGAACAAUGAGGUUUGGGUAAUAGUAUGAUAUCUUGUGGACCUAUGGAUACUUUAAAAAAGGAUAGGUAGUAUC